AUGAACCCGCCGCCGCCCACGACACCUACCCCACGGCGCUUUCUGCUGCCGAAGAGACCCCCAACACAAUCACCUGCGCCUCAAGCAUCACAACAGUUCCAUUCAACCCCACGCUUCGGUUCAUCAUCUGUACCGCGGCCCACGCAGCGUAGGGCUCAUGAAAUCGAGGAUGUCGAGGAGGAUGGCGACGAGUCCCUCGAUGACUCGGUAGCAGGUGAUGCUGAGUCCCGGAGUGGGCGGUUACAGGAUACGAUAGAGAUUGAAUCAGAUGUCCUGACGGCACAGGAUACGGAGCACCUUUCCCAAAGUUCCCAUGAGGAGGAUGAUAUUGGUCUAAUUCCUGACUCGGAAUCUUCGCAAUUAUCGCCCGACAGGAGGGAAGUAAAGCGACGAAGAGUGUCUAUAUCACCCGCACGAUCAAGCUCCCUCGACGCGGCGGAAACAACACCUACAAAUGUACGAGCAUCAACGCCAGAGAACCAAACUAGUUCACAGGCAGAAAACGAAGCAAUCCCUCAGCAAGAACCGAUUUUCCGCCCUGCGCCACGCUUCAAACCGGCUGAGACUGUUGCCCCGCCCAUCUUACCAGAGGCAUUCUCCCCUCAGCGCCGGGGCGCGAAAUACCUCCCUGGAGGCAUGGCGUCCCAACUGCAAGGCUGGUUAUCCGAGGUGAAAGGAUGGGAAGGACCGCCGGAUGAAGACUCUGCUUUGAGAGUUACGGUGGAGGAUGUGAGUCCCGGUGCAAGGAUGUAUCUUGUUCGAGGGGCGGUGGGCGAGUCUGAUGCUUCGAAGGGGUAUAUACUCGCUGGAGAGGGCAAGUUGACGGGAUUGGGGAGGAGGGCGGUCGUACGGGUGGGGAGUUUGGUUGUCAUUGAAGAGCCGGUUUGGGAGGUUACUUUGCUUGGGGAGGUUUGGACUGUAGGUUGUAAUUGGAGUGUUGUGGGGUGA